AACAACGGCUGAAACAUGGCGGACUCCGAGGACCGGUGGGCGCUGCUGGGAGGCGAAAACGAAGGGCCGCUCGCCGGUCGACAGGAACCCGGCGGCCCCGAGAGAACCAUGUCCGCCAUCUGCGACCCGAGCCGCCUCCCGCACCGAGUGGUCGUCCUGGUCUUCAUGUGCUUCCUGGGAUUCGGGAGCUACUUCUGUUAUGACAACCCAGCAGCGCUUCAAACACAAGUCAUACAGGACAUGAACUUGAACACUGCUCAGUUCAUGCAGCUGUACGCCUGGUAUUCCUGGCCAAAUGUGGUCCUCUGCUUCUUGGGAGGAUUUCUCAUCGACCGGGUUUUUGGCAUCAGGCUCGGAACCAUCAUCUUUUCCCUGUUUGUAUGUGUUGGACAGGUAAUAUUUGCGGCUGGAGCGUGGGCCAAUUAUUUUUGGCUAAUGGAAGCUGGACGCUUUGUGUUUGGUAUUGGCGGAGAGUCCCUAGCCGUGGCCCAAAAUACGUAUGCGGUGAACUGGUUCAAAGGCAAGGAGCUCAAUCUGGUCUUUGGUCUUCAGCUCAGCAUGGCUCGACUGGGCAGCACAGUGAACAUGAACAUCAUGGGUUGGGUGUACAGUAAAGUCGCAGGGGCUGUUGGUUCCUCUGGACACACGACGCUCGGGAUAUCACUCAUGAUAGCGGCUGGAACCUGUGUGUUUUCUCUAAUCUGUGCCUUGGUGCUGGCAUUUUUUGAUAAGAGAGCAGAGAGGAUCCUGAACAAGGAACAGGGAAAAACGGGUGAAGUUAUAAAACUCACUGAUGUGAAAGAUUUCUCCUUGUCCCUGUGGCUCAUCUUCAUCAUUUGUGUGUUUUACUAUGUCGCCAUUUUCCCCUUUAUUGGACAGGGCCAGGUAUUCUUUAUUGAAAAAUUCGACUUCUCCCCAGCACAGGCUAGAGCUGUCAACAGCAUUGUGUACAUCAUCUCGGCUCCCGCGUCUCCAAUUCUCGGCUUUAUUGUCGAUAAGACUGGGAGAAAUAUUGGCUGGGUCUUUGCCGCUGUCGUCGCAACGCUCUGUGCUCACAUGAUGUUGGCCUUCACCUUCUGGAACCCGUGGAUUGCUAUGUCCCUGCUGGGCCUCUCAUACUCUCUGCUGGCCUGUGCACUGUGGCCCAUGGUGGCCUUCGUUGUGCCUGAGCAUCAACUGGGAACAGCCUAUGGCUUCAUGCAGUCCAUCCAGAACUUGGGGCUUGCCGUCAUUGCGAUCGGAGUCGGAGUCAUUGUGGAUAUAAGAGGAUACCUGGUGUUGGAAGUGUUUUUCUGUGCCUGCAUUUGCAUCGCGCUGAUGGCAGUGGUGGGGUUGUACUUUGUGGAUUAUCUUAAAGGUGAAGGUUUGAACCGGUCAGCUGCAGCCAGAGCCAAACUCCAGAAGGAGACGACUACAGAUGCAGAAUGAUGCUGAGCGAACACACAUGGUCCUGGGCUUCAGAACCAGCAGGUUGCACUGUCCACCCCAGAGCUUUCAGUCUGCGGCCAAUUGGACGGGACUGCGGUUCUGGCUCCGCCCAGUGACGUCAUCUGUGGCUCUUCGCACCUGAACUGACUGGCUGUUGCUUAACCCCAUGUUGAUAUAAGGACUCUGAUGAAUGACAAAUCUCAGUUUGGACAUAACUACAACUUCUUCUCACCUGACUGCAGUUCCACCUGCUCUUCAUAACAACUAACGUGUGUAUGUGUGUGGGGCGUGUGUGUGCGUGUGCACGCGUGUGUGUGUGCAGCAUGAAGUUUCUUAACGGCUAGAAACUUAAAGUUUUUAAAAAACUGUCAAGGGGAAUGGUGCUUUUAUAUCUUUUUUUAAAAAAAACCUUGAUUUAUUAUUAUUUUUUGGUUUUAAAUCAGAAAGUAAGGAUCCUAUUUCAGUUCAUGCAAACUUUUGGGUAUUAUGUUUCCAGAAGAACUUGUUUAGCUUAUCGCAUGUCAGCGUUAUCACUGCCAAACCAAACUCUCAUAAUGCAGUCGGCGCUCUUUUAUUUUUUUCUCGCUGUAAGCUUUAGUCAGAUGCAUCAUUGACCUUUUACUGUUUAAGCUUUAUUGCUCGGUUAUUUUAUUCCCUGAACGGUUUAACCGCUUUUCAAUGAGCUAUGAAGUUCAUAAGAGUUAAUUUUCUGUCGCAUUAUCAUCUAUUAAUGUGCAGAUAUAAAAAAAAAAAAAAAGCCCCGCUUUCAAAUGCAUUUAACUGUGCAAUGAUGCUCAGCUUCAGCGUCUGUAGACGCAUUUUUUAAAGUGACCUUUUUUAAUAAUCUUUUUUUUUAUCUUAAAGAUUAAAAUUUUUCAUAGAUAUUUGUCGUUUAAACUCAGGUGAUUAAGUUGAGGUUCGGAGCGCUUUCCGAAAUUCCUGCUUGCUUCAGACUGUUUGUGCUCUUGGCUUUAACAAAAUGCGUUAUGGCCACGUAGCUGGAGAUUAUAGUCUCCGUUUGCUUAUCGCAGUUGCAGACACGGCCCAGUUGGUGAUUCUCACCCUAAUGGCGCAUUUUAACGUUAAAACAAAAAUAUCUGCCUUGGCCAAAUUGAAAGUGGAGAAAAAAUCUAUUUUGUACACAUUGAUUGUGGUCAAUGAAUAUUUUAUCUAAAUACAUUUUUAAAAAGUGUAACAAAACACUUUGCUAGCUGGAGGAAAAAGACACUGGAAGUGAUCAAAUUAAGACAAAAAAAAAUGAAAACAAUGUAUUAAAAAAAAAAAUGUAAAAAACACAUGAAGGUCAAAGCAUUUCUGACAGAAAUGGAUAUAAUGAAAAAUUAUUUAAAUAGUGAGAAUAAUGGAACAAAUGACUAAGUUUUACUUUUAAAACUUGAAAACCAAAACCACUUGGGCACUUUUGCUAUCAUCUCAAAAUCAAAAAAACUACUCAUCAGUCUGCUGUCAAUCAAAUGUUACUGUAGUUCAUACAAUCAAGGUUUUACAAAAGUUAAACAGAUACUAGUAGUAGGUCAGCUGGAAUAUUGAGACUCAAAUCAGAAGCCAGGAAGUGCCACAGACAGAUAUAAUUUGAGAACAUUACAAUUUUGGUUAAAAUUAAGUUUUAACCAUUUAGAAAAAAACUUGUUUUCACAAAAAAUGUCUGCCAGUAUAAAUAAGUGACGAGAACACAAAGAUCAGAUUUCACGAGAGAAAUGACCAUGAAAAGGUAUCUGACUGCAUCUGUUGCAAAUGCGUUCCCCAUUCUUCGCGAUGCAAGGAGGAGACUUUUGUGUUAAAUUUAGCUGCUGAUUUGUGUAAAUAUGGGUGAGAAAUGAUGAAUUAUGCAAGAUUUGUUGAAGCAAAACAACCAUUAAAGUGGAAUUUUCAUCAUGAAUUAAAUAUUAUCCAAUCUAAAAACUAAGUUUGAAAACUGAACGGAGUUGGAAGACCGUAAACAAAAUGAGACCAAAACACAAUUAAUGAAAAACUAAACUUCCACAAGUAAAAGCCAGGCUACAAAGGCAACUUUUACAAAAAAAACCCCUCAAAUCUAGUGACUCUUAGAGGCUGUUUUGCUUGCUACAUUUAACUGUUAAUUCACUGAAAUUAUCUGAGAAGUACCAAUUGUACAAUGUUUGAAGAAGCAAACACAACCAAGUGCAAUGACAUUUUUAAUAAACAUAAAUUAUUUGUUAAA